GUGUCUGUGUGUGUGUGAGUGUCUGUGUGUGUACAGGAGGGGGAGAGGAGGAAACUGGAGGAUGGUUUGGGGACUGAUCUUUCCUGUAUUUCUCUCUUGAAAAGAAACGAGAGUUGGUUUGUAGAUGAGAAAGAGUAGGGUUUGUCGGAUGGCGGUGGCGACGUGUUUGGGAUCGUUCGCCCUGAUGAUCUUUUAUUUCCAAGGCUGUUUAAACCCAGCUGAUGACCGGAGGGGUCUGAAAGGUGUCUGGUCGGGGAAGGCAAAGGGAGGGCUUGGCCGCCAUCUCCACAAGACAGACACGUUGGACGACCUGGACGCUCAGGAGAUGCAGAGGCGACGCCGGGCGCUGCUGAACGGCAUAUGCGCGGCACACAACAUGGUGACCCGCAAGCGCCGGAUCCUGACCCCGGACGACCUCAAACACCUGGUGGUGGACGACAAUCACGGGCUGCUCUACUGCUACGUCCCCAAGGUGGCCUGCACCAACUGGAAGAGGGUGAUGAUGGUCCUAACGGGAGAUGGCAAGUACAGGGACCCGUUGAAAAUUCCAGCCAAUGAGGCCCACGUGCCUUCCAACUUGAAGGCCCUGAGCGAGUACAGCACUCCCGAGAUCAACUACCGCCUGAGAAACUACCUCAAGUUCAUCUUCGUGAGGGAGCCUUUCGAGCGCCUGGUCUCGGCCUACAGGAACAAGUUCACCAGGAAGUACAACACGGCCUUCCACAAGCGCUAUGGCACCAAAAUCGUCAAGCGCCACCGCCGGGACCCCAGCCCUGAGGCGGCCGAGAGGGGAGACGACGUGCGCUUCGAGGAAUUCGUCUGGUACCUGGUCGAUCCGAAGACGAGGAGGGAAGAGCCCUUCAAUGAGCACUGGGAGACCGUGUACUCGCUCUGCCACCCCUGCCUCCUAAACUACGACAUCAUUGGCAAGUACGAGACGCUGCUACAGGAUGCCAACUAUGUCUUGGACCUGGUGGGGCCAGACCCCCCUAUAAGGUUCCCCGCCUCCUCCAAAACCACACGGACCACCGACAACAUGACAGCCAAGUUCUUCAAGAACAUCAGCCCCUUUUACCAGAAGAAACUUUAUAAUUUAUACAAACUUGACUUCUUACUCUUUAACUAUUCCGUACCUUUGUACUUGAACAUUCGGUGACCCAGCAAAAAAAAAAAAACCCCAGACAUUCUUCUUUGAGGGUUAGGGGUUUUUUUUUCAAAGAAAAAAAAAGAACAACUUUUAACUGUGAGGGAAUGUUUUUCCAAGACUUUUUUUUAACUUAUUUGAGUAGUUUGUAAAUCUGGACACUUUGAUGCUUCUGAUUUCUCGGCAGUGAAUUCCUUGUUGUUGUGCUUUGCAAUAAUGGACUUUGGGUCUUGUCCAUGGGAUGGGGAUUGGGAUGGUGGAGUGGGGAGAUGGUUAGGGGGGAAUGGGGAUGGUGGUGGGGGGAGAAUUGCAGCAUUUCAUUGUUUGAGGGGGUUUCAGAAGAGAACUACAGUGGAGUUAAUGCAAACGCACAGAGCAGACCGGCAAGUUGGAACGAAUUUGGGGAUUUUAGGCACGGUGUCCUCUUAAAGGUUACCACACAUCUUAAGCAUCAUUCGAGGAAUUAUUUUUGUGUGUGAGGUGAGGGUGGGGGGGUGGAAAUCUCUCUUUUUGUCUGGUCUUAUCAGGUAGAAUAAUGGAACUCAGCUUCUGGGGAGAGGGGGAGAGAAAGUGACCAGAGAGAGAGAGAAAAAAAAAACUUCCAACGUUUCAAAAUCUUCCAACGUUCCAAGACUUGACACCGUCGCACAUAGGGAGGGAUGACAUUCGUUGAUUUGGGGCUGUGCAAUGGUCCCUUUAGGGAGAGGACCAUCAGUUUUAUACACAAAAAAGAAAUAUUGUCAAACUCUGGUCCCAGCCAAAAAUUAAUUCUUAUAAAAUGUCUUUGUUUUGAUUGGC